AUGCCCUUCCUGACGCCAGCCUUCUCUGCAUUUACCCGGGAUCCAUGUACAGUUUCAAUGAUCUUAUAUAUGUAUAUCCAUGAUUCCAUGACCACUAUGAAUCCACUUCGAAAAUGUGCUCGCUACUGGUACGGUCGACGGCCCCUGGUCUUGAUGGGCGGCAUCGCGUACGUGCUCGUGGCGAUUCUGUCGACCUGGCUGCCCAACCUCUCGGCUGUCCUGGUGGCGAGGUUCCUCCUGGGGGUUGCGCAUCCUUUGGUAAUGAAUAGUGGCUAUAUCUUGGCCAUCGAGGUCUCAGAGCCGCGCCUGAGAACGGCCCUCGGCAUAACGCUUUACCUCCCCUGGGCCUUGGGUGAAAUGGCCCUCGGGGGACUGGCCUACCUGCUGAGGAACUGGAGGACGCUUCAGCUGGCCAUAUCUGUCAUAGGAGUGGCCAUGUUCCCUUUUUUCUGGUUCAUGGACGAGUCACCGCGAUGGCUGAUGGUGACCGGGAAGCACGAGAGAGCACUGGAGGUGCUGAAGAAGGCGGCGAAGUGGAAUAAGGUCUCGCUUCCUCCUGAGAACGAACUUCUUACUCUCAUGAAGGAGGAGUUACCUCCGAGCAAGAGUGACACAUCAGCCCGUGAUAUAAAGGCUCUACUGAAGUCUUCCUUGAACAAUUUUCUUAUUCUCUUCAGGACCCCGAAGCUCCGCCUCAUCACGAUCGUCAUGUACCUAGACUACCUGGUGUUGGCCAUGGUGUACUUCGGCCUCUCCCUCAGCGGCGGCAACCUCAGCAGCGACCCCUUCGUGUACAUGGUGCUGUCGGGCCUCAUGGAGAUCCCCGCGUACACCCUCGCCUUCCCCGUCGUGUAUCGUUUCGGCAGGAGAGGCCCCACGGUUCUCUGCUGUCUCCUGUGCGGGGUGGCGCUCUUUGUCUUGGCUGCUGUGCCUGCAGAUUACUCAUGGCUUAUUGUAACGAUGGCUCUGAUCGGGAAGAUGACGAUCACGGUGGCUUACCAAAUUGCUAUUCUUUACUCCUCCGAACUCUUUCCGACGGAGGUGCGGAGUCGAGGGAUCGGGACGUGCUUCAUGAUGUCUCGAAUCGGCUCCAUCUGCUCGCCGUUCAUCACGGAUUUUCUGGUGAGGCAUGGAAAUAGCAACAACAAGAUGUAUUAUCACUACGCCCAGGGCUCCCUUAUAUCGUGGGCUCCGUCCGUAGUCUUCGGCGCCGCGUCUUUGGUGAUCGGGCUGGCGACAGUGGCACUUCCGGAGACCCUGGGGAUGGCACUGCCUGACACCAUCGCCGACCUCGAGGAAAGAGGCAACGGUGACGCUAAAAGGUACUGGAAUUCGGAAUGA